CGCGAGACAAAGGAUUUCGAGGCAACUAUGAUAUUAUUAUAAUAAAAACGGGAUAAUUGACACAAUACAGUGUUUUAAACCCAAAUAAGGGACAAGUUCAGCAAAGGCCACCUCUUAUUGCUCCAGUGUUACUACUGGAGGAGAUGUUACAGUACCUACUGUACAUGUAUGCAUUAAGCUAAUUCAAUUAAAUUUUUCCUUAAAACUGCAAAACCGUCACCUCUAAGCCCGAAAAAUCACUGGAGUUUAAUUGCUACAAUCAAAUAGAGACAAAUGCUACAAUUAAAUAGAGACAUAUUAAAAGAAGUCCAGUCUGCCUUUUAACUAAGAGGUCGAGGUUUAAAGUUGCACGAGUUUUGAACUUAACAGGACAACCUCAUUUAAUUAAAUAAGCUAUAUACAAGAUAUAGAUAUACUGUACAAGUGUACAUGUCCUUAUAUUCAGUAUUUACACUACGAUAAUGUAACUAACUGUCUUUAAUUUCCUUUGUAGCUGUGUUGAAAAGAUACUUCCUUUCCCUGUGCGAAAAAAACAAGCAGAUUGUGGACAACAAAUAUGAGGACCACAAGAAGAAAUGUAGAAUGACUGGCAGAAAAAGAGAUGUAAGUACAAAUGGAUCUGCAUAUAAAUACGAUGAAGUGCGAUACCGUGCAACAAGAUUUUCUAUAUAUAAGUGUCCCCAAAAAAUCGAAACCUGAUUUGAAUCUCAUGAAGAAUUAAGAAUGACUUUCAACACAAUAGGUUGUAUGAUAAACAAUGCUAAUUACAACAGGUAUACUUUUUUGAGACACCCCUGUAUAGCAUAGUGUCAUGUACACCCCAAUAGGUAUAUUUCGUUCAAAUCUAAAUCCUUGUCCAUACCCCGAAAAUAUUUUAGGCCUGUUUUUAUCCCGGCACACACUGGAGCUAUCAGCUGAGCUGAGCGUCACUUGUGACUGUUGACGUAAGCAAGUUCGCCCAUUUUGCCGUGGCGUUUUGAGCGAUUUCAACCACGCGUGCCAUCGGCACCGAUAUUGAAUAAUUUUAGUCACUAAUUUCCUCCGUUGAAAAGCCAUCAACUUUCAUUGUAGAUCGAAUAGGCAUGCAAAAUAAAACAUAACACAAAGGAAAAAAAUGAAUGAGGAAUGUAAUACUUGAGACUGAGUAGCGACAUAUGAACAUUCCUUAUUAGUUAUAUUCCUUUCGUCUUAUGUUUUAUAACGCAUGCCUAUUCAAUCUACAGUGCAACGAAAGGUGAUGGCUUAUCGAGAGCGCGCACAGGAAAUGUUCAUUCGUGACUGAAAUUAUUCAAGAUGUUCAAUAUUCGGUGACGAUGGCACGCGUAGCUGAAAUCGCUCAAAACGCCACCGCACACUGGGGGAACUUGCUCACGCCCACAGUCAAGAGUGACGCUCAGCUCACUAGUUGAUACGUAGCGCCAGUGUGAGCUAUGCUUUAUAAGUGGAAUGUCGGUCGCGUCGAAUGUAAUUCAAACAAUAGAUAAUGAAGCUUAUUGAGGUUUAUCAUCUCAUCCAUGGUCUUAAAUGCAUUAGACCCAACCAAAAUUCGACGUAUAAAACGGGCCUAAAGCCAGUUUUCCCCUUCGACCGUAUCAUAACGUUUCGUAGCAUUUUCUUUUGUGUCGAAGUCAUUACUUCCACUCUAAUACUCUAGAAACAAAGAAAUACGCAAUGGAAAACUCGCUUAAGAUUACGUAUCUGAUGUUGUUAUAGCGUUAAUUGUACAGUGUGUUUUUGUGUUUUAGAAAUUAAGUAGAAGACUCAUAUCGUUGGAGAAAGUAAACUGGACAACGAAAAAGAAGGCGAGAGUGGCCGAAUGUUUGGUUGACGAGGCUAUGUCCAGCGAGGAAAGUUGUCUGGAGGAUGAUGCAUAUGGGCAUGGCAAAAUGAAGCUUGUUAAAUACAAGGUGAAAUCGUUGGCAUGGGAAAGUGAGCGCUUCUCAAAAGCUAAGAAAUCCCUCGACGACGUUUACCAUGACAACAUGUCCAAAAGGGCAAAGGACAGAUUGUUGCCUCGACAAACCACUCCAGUUAAGGAGAAUCGCUCGGUUCCAGAAGGAUUUCCAGCCUGGGCUGUGGUCACUGCCGAAAAUUGAACAAUAAUUUUCUGUAGAUUUAUGACAGUCACACUGUAUUUUUAGUAUAAUUGUAGGUUGAUGACAGUUCUAUACUAGGUCUAGCCUCUAGGUAACGAAAUUGAAAUGAUUCCACAAAAAUGGACUGAGCAUAUUUAUUUGAAUAUUGUUUCGCAGCGCAAGAUGUGGUAACUACUCCUAGUUCCGUUAAAAUAUCCUGCAUAAUGUUUAGGCCAUGGUCGAGUGUGUAUUACAUAAUUUCCAGAUAGCGCGCAAGCAGAAAGAUAUUGCCUGCCGCGGCUGGGUUCAAAAUUCCCAGUCUUAAAUCCGCCUGACAGUGUACAGUAGCUCAGUUGGUAUAGAGCAAAGGUCGCUGAUUCAUAACCCAGCAGCGGCAGGCAAUAUCUUUCUGCUUGCGCAAUUAUGAAAUACACACUGGAGAAUAUUUUCAUAAUUUAUAUGCCUUUAUUGAUAUCCGAAGAGUGUUUCAUCUUCGUCAACGAUUUAUAAAUAGUAAUAAAUAUGCUCAGAUCGACUAAUUAUAAUAUUGAUGCACUUCUAAGGUAUAGCUAAUUUUCAUUACAUAUGUUAUGAACAUUUACAGUACACGCUUAUCAAUUGACGGGUUUAUUUAUCACGCAAUGCAUGG